AUGAACACUAACUUUAUCCCUAACGAAGACGUUGAGAUCAUCUUUGAUGAUGACUUCUUCUCGGAUUCAAAAUCGGAUUGUGGUGAAAGCAACAUUAACGUAUUCUCGGAUUCUGAUGAAUAUCUAAUGAGCGCUAAAGAUUACCUGUAUGAAAUCGAAUGCAAGUUGACACAGUACUGCCCGCUUCGAUCAGCGCAUGGUGAUGGUUUCUUUAUUAGAAUAAACCUAAUUAAAGAGAUUCAUUCUAACAUGACUGUAGCUAAGCUUCAACAUAAUCAAAGAUUUCAAGAAGAAAUCGCUGAAGAAUUAGUUUUAACCACUAUGCAUCCUUGCCGCAUUCAAGAUCAAAUGAAUCGGUUCGAUGAUAUUGAGCAAUACUUCACAGCGAUGAGGUACUAA